CACGAGAAACUCGUCACAAAGAGAACUAAUUCAACCCACACUACAGUCUUUGCAUCUAAGUUACACAAAAACGCUUCAUUCCUUAACCCAGAAGACUCAAAGUACCUGUUAUUCUAUUGGCUGAACAACGUAGAUUCAAUUCUCACGCGUCUCUCCAUAAAAUCAGUUCCAUCUUCGCCGUCGAACCACAACUUCCCCCGCCGUAGCCGCCGCCGAUCAACACCUUUUCCCGGCGACUCCGCGCUAGGUUAACCGCAUUUGUUUCAGUGAAAGUAAGACACUUGGACGUCUCAAUCAUUGGUAUACAAUGGUUUCCUUUGAAAUGAAUGAUCGAAAGAAGAUUGGAUUGGGAUUAACGGGCUUUGGCAUAUUUUUCUCAUUCCUUGGUGUUAUGUUCUUCUUUGACAAGGGAUUGCUUGCAAUGGGAAAUAUCCUCUUUGUUUCUGGAGUUUCCUUGACUAUUGGACUGAAAUCCACCAUGCAAUUCUUCAUGAAACGUAGUAAUUUCAAGGGAACCAUUUCAUUUGGUAUUGGAUUCAUUAUUCUUAUAUUGGGGUGGCCUAUUCUGGGCAUGAUUGUGGAGUCUUAUGGAUUCAUCAUACUCUUCAGUGGUUUCUGGCCUACACUGGCUGUUUUCAUUCAGAAGAUCCCUGUUCUUGGUUGGUUGUUCCAACAACCAUACAUUCGAUCGUUAUUGGACCGCUACAGAGGCAAACGUGUGCCUGUGUAGCACGUGGAACUUUAGAAGAUUAUGUAGCUGCUAGCAAUCGCAUAUGUAAGUCACUGUAAAGAAAAUACUCUGAUAUGGAGACCCGAGUCUGAAUUGUGAUGGUAGAAAAAUGUGAUAGCCAUUUUAUUCAAAGAAAAAAAGGUUUUUGUAUUCGUUUUACAACUCCUUUGUAGUCCCUUUUUGAUUCUGAAGCUUAUGGAAAAUCAAUUAAUUGGUCAUUGGAGUUCUCAGUUCUUCAAUUUCAUCUGCA